AUGUCUGAGUUUGAAUAUAACAAUUUACUGUUCCAAAUAAGCCAAAGACUCGACAACAUAAACGCUGGCAAGCAAUUACUUGUGAUAUGCAGAGGAAAGUUGGCGGCUCGUAAUGAAGAAAGCAUCCCUACCUUGCCGUUGUUUGAAGAAUUAGAGGAGGGAGGAUUUCUGAGUUUCGAUCGUCUAACGGUAUUGAAGGCCAUUUUAGAAGGCGUCGAGGAAUGGGCUCUUCUUGAAAAGGUUGAAAAGUUUGCGUGCAAAAGAAAGGAAUACAACAACUUGCUUGAGCAGAUUAUACGAGUACUCGACGAGCUUAAUGAUCUCGAACGACUCAUUUCGAUUUGCCGAGGAAACAUUACAGAAGGAAGACGAGCGAGCAUCCACGAUGUUAGGUCAUUGUUCAAGGAGUUAGAAAGCAACGACUGUCUUGGAAUCGACUGCCUCGAAAUCGUGAAGGAGAUUUUGACCCAGACGGAAAAAACCGAUCUGCUGAAGGAAGUGGAAGAGUUUGAGCAACGACAAAGUCGUGAAAGGCGAAAAGGUAUUUCUCUACGCCCGUUGUGUUACAAUUUCAUUUCUUCCCCUCAUAAUAUCGUUGUAUAAGAAUUUGUGGAUAACCGUGUUUGCGCAAACCUAAGCCCCGUUUAACAUGGUUUUUAAAGUCUGAAUUUUGAACGUUUCACUUCAGCGAUAGCAGCUGCCAUGGGAUCGUCACCUUUCGACAAACUGGUGGGAGGUAAGAUAUUUUAAAAUUUAGUUUCGCUCAUAUAUACAUUUCCCCGUUCUGAGACGGCCUCGACAGUCUUUACCUACUUGGGUUUACGGGACAUCCUUUCUGUAAAGGCAUGCUAACCUACAAUAAGGGUUCACUCUUAAACGAAACCCUCAGCGUUUCUAUAGCAUAAACAACUAGACUCGCAAUAGGCGACUUCACUGGGCUGCGCGGCAUAAAACCUGUGUUGCACGCGAGAAGUUUUCGAGAACAGAGAGUAAACAGCUUAUUAAAGGAAUAAACCCAUUAAACCUAUCCCGAUUGAUCCACGGGCCUCAUUCAACCGACUGCAUCAAACGGUCGAUAACACAAUUUUUUUAAUACCGUAAUAUGAGUUAAGAUUCGCUAUUUUUCUCAGUCGCGUGAGUGACUAAAGACUGAACUAAGCGCACCAUGAAAUUCAGUAGCUCGUGACCUUGUUUUGAUCUGGGUCAUAAUGUGAUUACACGAUCUUAAAUUGUUUUCUGUUCAAGAGAUUUAUCUCGAUGCAGAAUGAUCGCCCAUUACAUUAUUUGAAAUCCUAUGGUUCAUUCAUAUAAUACUGUACUUCUGCGUCACAUUUACUGUGUACGUACUCUAAACACCUUCAGUAAAAUACAGGUCUUGUACAUGUCUAAGUCAAGCUUAUACCAAGUGAAGUUUCGAGUGAUAUCAAUCCAUAUAGUUAUUUUUUUUAAGUUUCCAUUUUCGAUGACUUUUUUGUUUACACCUUCAUCAAAAGGUAUGAAUGGCGAUAACCUUAAAACGAGUUGCGAACUUUCAAAGUUUAUCGAAACUCUAAUCAGUCGUGCUUGUUGAAGGGGAGUCGGAAGACACAGAACUUGGGAGAUUAGCAUUAGAAGGUCAUGCACAAAUUUAAUUCAGAUAAAACUGGCAAGAUACAGAUACAAACAAAAGCAAAAACUCUGGACCAUACUGAGAACAACUGAAAGCUAUAGGAAGCAAAGUCAGCAAACCCUGCACUAGUGAGUGACUUGCCUUUCUCUUAAACGCUUUUCUCCUCUUCACUGCUCAUUUGCCCUCUCGCCAAACUGCAACCGCCAGCUUCGAAGGCUAAUGAACUUGUCUGCAAAAUUCUCGAAGAGUAAAUUCCGUUGUCCGAGUCUUCUUUACCCUUAUGUAAAAUUUAGGCGGGUGUUGCAUUAAACGGAAGGAAAUAUAGCAAUGAAAAGGCAAGUUACGAUACUGCGCUGAAAUGGGAAAACACGUUUUAUCGAAACGCCUUCUGGACUAAAUUAAACUGGGUGAACAAUUAACAUUGCCUGUGUAAAAGUGCCCGGAUAUUGCGUUGAAGACCGAACGGAACUGAAUUUAUAACUGGGCGUGCACUGCAGCCCAGUAAUUACAAUAUUUGUAAGGCGGACUGAUCAAGUGGUAAAGAGAUCCUAUAGGUUAGUGUAGCCUUGUUUGCAGGUCUAAGUCAGAGAUAAAUAGUGUUUAGAUAACACUGUCAUUGGACAUCUCUAAUCAUAAAAAUUGAAAUUAGUAAAAAAAAAAUCGUUUUAUGUCUUUAUCUCUAAAAUUCUUACUUAUCUACGAGGCUUUGGAGACAAAAACUAAAGAAAUGUAGUAUUCGUUGCUCAACUAAGUACUCAGCACUUUAAUGCAUUGAAAUUGUUCUAUUGCAUAAUACGGCUCCACUUACUUUGUAACUAAAAACAAGAGGAGCCAUGCGGUGUAAAUUCUGAAAGAGAGCGACCUCCUUACCUCAUUCUGAGAGAGAGACCACCCGCUAUUGAAGUGUUUAAGACGGAAUCCAUCAGGAAUCAGUGUACCAGAAUAAUUUAAAGCACAUUGCAUUCUUUUUUACAUUUUUCAAGGGCUAAAGGUUUAAUAACACCAAAGAAAAUUUCUUAUGAGAGCCCGAGAAAAUGAAUGGCAAAUUUCACAAAAUUACAUCUUACACAUGAAAUUUCAGAAUUUUACCUGUGUUUCACAUUUCUUGUGAAAUUUGACACUUAUUUUCUCGGCCUCCCAUGAGAAAUGUUGUUUGGUAUUAUUACAGAUAACACAUCUUUAGCCCUUUUGAAAAACGUAAAAAAAUGUAAUAUUCCUUAAUUAUUCUGGUACAAGGAUUUUCUCCACUGAAGAUUAAAAUUACUCAACUUCCUGGUGGAUUCCGUCUUAACAUUCUUUGUUCCUCAUCACGCAAGGGACCAAAAGGAGCUCAGCUGCUUAUGAGAGUACAAUUCUUUACACACUUUGCCUUAAUAGGACUUUUGUACCACUUUUUUUGCAUUUUUAGGAAAAUUUUAAUGUGACAUUUUUUUAAGUCAAUAUUUAUCCAGGGGCAUCCAAUUUUAACGAGCUUGUUUAAAUGAAGCCCUGACACAACACAAAAACAAAGACAUUAAAACAUUAGAACUAGAAAAAUAAUUAAGUUACAAAGCCAACAUGUACCGCAGGCGCAAGAUGAACAAGCUAGUGCUUCCCUCCAAUACCCUAUGUAGUGCAAUCCUGUGCCACCUGCCAGAUGGCUUGUAAGCGGCAAAAGGUAGACCCCUUUUAUACGGAGAAACGUUGUUCCGCUUUGAAGGGUCAGUCGUCUGCCCCAGCUAACCUGAAUUAAACUCUCUCCCAUCUCAUCUUUGCUAGAAGCCCACCGCCUGUAAGAACUGUUUUUUGUCUAAACGAAUUCUCUAGGACAGACAGAUGGAUUUGCCGCCGCGACCUAAAAAAAACAAAACCUUUGCCAAGUAACCGUCGCUGACCCAUCCCCAGAGCCUCUUGGUUUUCCUGCCGCCGCCAUAUCAGUGAAAAACAAGAAGACCCUGGGGUUGGGGUUGCCGCCCUCAGUCUGGAUUCGAUUUUCAGGAUUGCGUGACAAGUUUCAUAAUCUAUUUAUGUAUGACUCGAAGGAUGUUAUGAUCAGCCAACUGGCUUUGUACAGUAGUUUAUUUUAUUCAGACUAUUAUAACUUUUUUUUUGUAGUUUUUACUAUCAAGACUGUUUUCAGAGGAAUUGGAGGAAGUAUACUCGCCUUUUCCGCCUUUAAACUCCUGAGACGUGGUUCCACAUAUGACCAGCUCGUCACUGCCAUUAGUACUUGCAUUCUUCCUGUCGGUAUUAAACUAAUACAAAUGGCUGAGGGGAGCGUUAAUCUCAAAGUUCAGGCAGAGAAUCGUUUAGCUCUUAACAGUUUAUGGCGAAUGUACAAGAAUGGAACGUUAAAAGCACGCCUGGAAGCAUUGUUUGUCACAGAUGAAAUGAGGGAACUUGCCGGUGGAGAAGGAGUGGAAGUUAUUGUGACCAUCGACGAGCGAGAAUAUGAGAACGCCCGGGACGAGUUGACUAAUGAAGCAAGAGGUAACGUUAUGAUGUUGUGUCACCACUGACGGCGACUCCUAACCCAUAAGUCUCAAAAGAGUGAAAGAGAUCUAGGCAGAAAGGUUCUCUUUUCUUACUCGCCGGGUGCUGCACUGCUGUUGUUGCAGUGCAACAAUAGCGGGAUGUAGAGUAUGGUAAUUUAGGAGAAAGAUAGCUUGGCCUAGUUAGAGGUCAUAAGAUACACUCUUAACUGGUCUACAGUGUCUACGGUCAAGUGCGUCAUUUUGUUAUUAACCAACAUUAUUAUUCAUUCAAAAUAUUUCUCCGUUUCUGAUUGGCUAAAAGUACACGCAUAAUUCACCAUAACCAGCUUCUGUUGACCAAAUUUGGAAGAAUUCUGCGAUUAAUCAACCGAUGACGUCAAAGGUGCAGCAGAGUUGCAGGUUAAUGCACCGUUAACCGAGAAGACCUGAGGACGAAGUUGAGUUGUUUUGGUUGUGAAAAGAAAAAUGGCCGAACAGUCUGCGGAACAUUUUCCUCGUUUCACGACGAACUACAGAGAGGAGAAGUGUGACGUCACGUUACCACGGUAGCAAUAUUUUUGGAUGACCACAAAACCGACGGCGACGGCAGGGAGAACGGCAAAAAAUAAUAUGUUUAUAUUAACAAACAACAACUUUGCACGUGAAUCACGCCAUUUUGUGCUUUUCUUUGCCGGCGUUGCACCACUACGACAUGAAACUUCCUAAUUUCACGAGACCGCUUUAUGGAGUAGGUAAACACAACCACAAAAAUUGUCGCUUUCUUUUUCUAAAUAUAGAUAACGAUAGAUACGGUCCCAAAGAAAAUUUCGCCAAGAUUUGCCAAAUUAAAUGAAACUGAACAAGAUCGGCGAAGUUUAAAAUAGUGCGAAUAUAGUUUAAAGUGACUUUAUCGGUUUGUUGUGAUCCAAAAAUGUUGCUACCGCGGCAACAUGACGUGACAACUUCUCCUCUCUAUUGUCUAAAAACAUAGCAAGAAGACAAUUCGACCGAAAACAUCUGCUAUUUGGAGUAUAUUUGCGGACCUGAACAGCCCUUUAUCUUCUAAACAUGCACUAUCGAGGUGAACUUAACAUCGACAAAGGUAAGCAUGUUUUAGCUUGUUUUCAAACCAGGAAUUAUUUUGAAUGAAAAAUAAAGCAAUUAAUAAAUUCGGUUUUCGUAGGAUGUAUAACAAUUAUUCACCGAAGUGGAGGUGGCUAGUAUUGCAUAUUUACCGAGGCCGCGAAGCGGCGAGGUAAAUAUAUCCACUACUAGCCACCGACACUGAGGUGAAUAAUUGUUCUAGUAUAUACUAAAACAGUGAGAUAAUUGAGCACAAAAUGAUGAUUUUUAACUCAUUUACUGUUGCCAACGAUUACAAUUUUGGCGCGCGAUGACCGAACNGAGUUGCAGGUUAAUGCACCGUUAACCGAGAAGACCUGAGGACGAAGUUGAGUUGUUUUGGUUGUGAAAAGAAAAAUGGCCGAACAGUCUGCGGAACAUUUUCCUCGUUUCACGACGAACUACAGAGAGGAGAAGUGUGACGUCACGUUACCACGGUAGCAAUAUUUUUGGAUGACCACAAAACCGACGGCGACGGCAGGGAGAACGGCAAAAAAUAAUAUGUUUAUAUUAACAAACAACAACUUUGCACGUGAAUCACGCCAUUUUGUGCUUUUCUUUGCCGGCGUUGCACCACUACGACAUGAAACUUCCUAAUUUCACGAGACCGCUUUAUGGAGUAGGUAAACACAACCACAAAAAUUGUCGCUUUCUUUUUCUAAAUAUAGAUAACGAUAGAUACGGUCCCAAAGAAAAUUUCGCCAAGAUUUGCCAAAUUAAAUGAAACUGAACAAGAUCGGCGAAGUUUAAAAUAGUGCGAAUAUAGUUUAAAGUGACUUUAUCGGUUUGUUGUGAUCCAAAAAUGUUGCUACCGCGGCAACAUGACGUGACAACUUCUCCUCUCUAUUGUCUAAAAACAUAGCAAGAAGACAAUUCGACCGAAAACAUCUGCUAUUUGGAGUAUAUUUGCGGACCUGAACAGCCCUUUAUCUUCUAAACAUGCACUAUCGAGGUGAACUUAACAUCGACAAAGGUAAGCAUGUUUUAGCUUGUUUUCAAACCAGGAAUUAUUUUGAAUGAAAAAUAAAGCAAUUAAUAAAUUCGGUUUUCGUAGGAUGUAUAACAAUUAUUCACCGAAGUGGAGGUGGCUAGUAUUGCAUAUUUACCGAGGCCGCGAAGCGGCGAGGUAAAUAUAUCCACUACUAGCCACCGACACUGAGGUGAAUAAUUGUUCUAGUAUAUACUAAAACAGUGAGAUAAUUGAGCACAAAAUGAUGAUUUUUAACUCAUUUACUGUUGCCAACGAUUACAAUUUUGGCGCGCGAUGACCGAACGGCCGCGGUCGUCGCUUUUUCUUAGCGACAAAUAAAACUUUUGAAGGCGUUUGUUUAGCUCUUCCGGGGAAGUUUCUUUAAAAGGAGUUGUGAAUUCUGUUUGUAUUUAAAAUAAUUCUGUAAAAAAGAUUAUUAAAUUUAGUUUUAAGCUUAUUCAUGAACAAGUCAACUAAAUAAAGUAACGCAAGACUUAAGCUUAAUUUGCAUUUGUAAACAAAAAACUUUUUCACCGGUUUUACCGAUAACUAUUCAAGUAAAAAAGACAAAGCUUUACCUGUUAAAACUUUCAAACCGAACUUCGCCACUUUCUUCAUGUAUUUCGGAAAUAGCUUGCUUGAUUAGUUGUGAAAUUUGUUAGUUUGUUACGGCAGCAAACCGGGAAAGCAUUUUGCUCGCAACCUACGCGAGUUUGGCGUCGCUCGCUCGGAGGAACUGGAGGUGAAUCAGUGAAUAGUGCAGGAUAUUCACUGAUUGAGUAGCCAAUCAGUGCGCGCGAAAAACACUAUCCACUGUUUUAGUAUAUACUAAAAAGAAUUAUGCAGAUCUCGGAGGGUGUUAUCAGCCUCGGCCUUCGGCCUUGGUGGAUAACACCCUCCGCGAUCUGCAUAAUUCUUCAUAUCCUACUCAGCCUCAUUCAUUCAUUGCUAAUUAAUUAAUUAAUCAAUGGGAGAUCGGAAAAAAAAACAGGCCAGUUUUGCGAGCGGGAGCACCUUGGUGUAGUUAGAAACUAUCUUGUGACAGAUUGUUGCGACCGUCCAUUCUUAAUAUUAUUAUAAUACCGUUGCCAUAUUUUCCCAGCCAAUCAAACGCACCGACACUUGUUUAAAGAUUUCAUUUCUUCCAUUAGCAUUCGUUUUUUGCUGGUAUAAAAUUCACUGAUUCUCGUUAAUAUUUAUUUUUCACUGUCCUCAUGCAACUUCAUUCUCCGUAUUAUUUAUUUUAUUUUCGCAACCGUUUUGUAUUCAGAUGAUUCUAUAGACAAAGAAGAAAAGCGGCUUAAAUACCUAGAUCAGGAGAAAUAUGACUACAUUCAGGAUUACCUAGAACAAGCCAGAGAAGAAACCAAGGAUGUUGAUAUACACAGCGUAACGACAGACACAAGUGACAGUGGUAUACCGGGAUCAAAUAAUACAUCAUCUGAAGUUGGAACGGAGGACAUCAGCGGUAAGCUUUAAAGUUGAAAGCCGAUGCUUAACAACAGGAUAGCAUACACAUAAGCCAAGGGAGAGAUUUAUUCAAAUUGGUGUUUUGGACCCGUCAUCUUGAUUUUAAUGAUAUCAAAAUAGUGCCGUGGUACUGAACCAAAUUUAAAUCAAUUAAGGGAGGCAAUAAGAAAUUCGAGAAAUAUAUACUUUUUAAUUUUAAAAGUCGAAAGGAAAUCAGGAGCCCAUCAAAUGGAGCCUCCAUCUCCAUUAAUUUCUUGAGUCAACCCUUUCCCGAGUAGAUUUAUAAAUAGAACGGCUUGUUUCUCGCGAAAAGUGUCAUAUUUCCGUGAGUCUCGUAUGUCACCGUGAAAAAAAAUGAAGUUGGGUGAAGUCGAACUCAGAAACCCGUCCUUCGACAGUUUUCCUUUUUUACUAUACGUCCAUUUUUAUAAUUUUACAGCCGCUGGGAUCUCGAUAUCAUGAAAUAAAAGUUAAUGAAUUACCCGCUGACUGAGCAUGAAGCGAUGGGACAAAGGCAGCGAACUGAGGAUCACGGAAAGGUUAUCUUUGCGAGUGUUUUUUUUUUCCCGUCAUACAUCCCACAUUUAAACAUACACCUUGAAAAGAGUCGACGAUUAAGCGUUCUGUGGACGAUUUGGAACUUUUGGAUGAUCAACGCCGAAAAAGUGCCAGGAUCAUUUGACUUUUGUCAUCACCGUGGAGUGGAUUUCGCCAGUUAAGCACCGCGUGCAAAAGCGAUGACCUAAGUAACAACUAUGGAGGAAUGCUCUCAGUUCCGAAAUUUGAGAAAUUGCAGUCUUCCUUUACAACUGACUUGUAUCACCGUGAGAGUUGCCUGAUAAAACUGGCACUUGAAAAGUUGAACAGAAGACAACAGUUGCUCGACCGUGAAGCUAACACAAAAGUAAUUUGCUAACGGAGGAAUUUGUGACAUCGCGCUCCGGUCCAAAGACCCUCUUAUCUCAAGAAAAACAAAAUGGAUUGUAUCUGCGCCAAACUAGAAUUAUGACUGACUAACAGGACAAUUCUCAGCAAUUAAUGUAGAAGUUUAGGCCAAUUCUUCCUUUCGAAUUCGCAUCUGUAGAUCACUUUUUUGCGAGAAAAGAAUGGCUGCGCCCGGCGUUACAAAAUAUAGCAGGGAAUCAUCACACUAGCUGACGGGCAAAACAACCACAGGGACUACUAGUAUUUUUUCAAGUCAACGCAUUUCGGAAAAAAAAAUUGAAAAACUAGAAAUUUGAUUAAUAUUGAGUCAUUUAGCCGAAAUAAGAACCUUAACGCUCGAAAAAAUUGGCUAAAGAAAACGAAACCUGUCAGAACUACAGACUGCAGGUAGUAGUUAAUCAUUACGCAUGUAACAGACCAGCUUCAUGUCCUCUUAAUGUGAGACAAGCAACCAAAAUUAAGAUUAACAAAGUCAGUUUAAAACUCUCCACAGUAUAAUCUACCCGCUAAAAAGAAAAGAAAGAAAAUCUCUAAGGGAUGAAAACGCUAAAGUCACGUUUCACUAGCUUAUGAUUGUGUUUGGCCUGUCAGCAACGAAUUUCCUGCUGUUUGAUGAAGUACAAUAGCAGUGUCAUUACGUCUUUGUGAUUGGCUUUUCCCACUGUCGGCGCGCGAAGUCUCCCCUGGGAACCGUUCUAAUUAUAAAUCUACUCGGGGAAGGGUUGACUCCAAGGGCUUGUAUGGGAGAUGGAGGCUCCAUUUGAUGGGCUCCUGAGGAAAUUCAUGAGGGAUGGGCAAACAGGGCUCAAAGGGAUUUAUGGAUAAUAAUAAAUAAUUGCUUACAAGUUUAAAAACAAGCCAAAACAUGUUUACCUCCGUCGAUCGAUGUUAAGUUCAUAUCGAUAGUGCAUCUAGGAGACAAAGGGCUGUCCACGUCUGUAAAUAUACUCCAAAUAGGAGAUGUCGUCCGUCGAGUCGUCUUCUUGCUGUUCUUUCUAUGGUUGUAGACAACAGUUCGCCGUGAAACGAGGAAAAAGUUCCGCCGUUGCUCACUUCGCCAUCACUCAAUUCAAAAACAACUCAAACUCGUCCCCAGGUCUUCUUGCUUAACGGUUCAAUAAUCUGCAACUUUGCUGCACUUUUGACGUCAUCGAUUCGAUAUGGCAAAAAAUCUUCCAAAUUUGGUCAACAGUAGCUGGUUACCAUGAAUUAAGAGUGUGGUUUUUAGCCAAUCAGAAACGGAGAAAUAUUUUGAAUGAAUAAUAACGAGGGCAGCAUCAAUUAUUGAUGACUCAGCAGUUUAAAUAAUGACCCCUCCUAAGCUUAUUACGCGGGAUGACGUAGUCAGCCAGCGUCUUAAAUUCGGGAGCGCAUUCCUUUCGUCGUCUUGGGAGUCAAAAAUUGUCUUGUUUUUUUAACUUUCCCGUAUCCCGAGCCCGUCCCGAAAAAUUGUGAUUUUUAUUGGCUGCAACUUCGAAUCACGUGCAAGUCAGGUUGGAUUGCACAAGCAGAAAAAAGAUACUGCGUCAGCAAAGAAGGGAAAAGUAAGCUUACAGCACAGGUAGCCCAAGCUCGAAAUAUGAGCAUCGGCAUUGUUGCGUAACAUUCCAAAUUUAAGGAUUUGUAUGGGAAAAAAACCUAUCGUUUCUCUUACCUACGAAAAUGAAAGGAUUUCAAUUAAUAACAAACAGCCUUACCUUACUUAAAAUGAGUGUGAGGUCUCUCCUUUGUGGUCCACGGGCCGAUUUAUGGCCGUCUUAUGGGUUUUUAUGUAAACGGUUUUCUCUCUAUAUAAAGGUUUACCAAGGUUGGGCACUCCAGCGAAGCGGCUCGACUGAUCCACCGAAGGAAAAGGGCAGAGAGAAAACCGUUUACAUAAAAACCCAUAAAACGGCCAUAAAUCGGCCCGUGGACCACACAGGAGAGACGUAACACACAUUUUAAGUAAGGUAAGCUGUUUUUUAUUGAAAAUCCUUUCAUUUUCGUAGGUUACAGAAACGGUAGGUUUUUUUUUCCAUACAAAUCCUUAUAUUUUGAAUGUUACGCAACAAUGCCGAUGCUCGCCGAUGCUCAUAUUUCGAGCUUGGGCUACCUGUGCUUACAGCGUAGAGGAGGAUGAAGACUCAAGGCUGUGCUCUAGAUCUAACGGCGCAAGACUUAGCCUCGGGCGACUGAAAAUAUUGUCCAGGUGCCCCAGCCGGGCGACUUGCUGGUGUUGGUUUCUUGAUUCUGUUGAUUUACAGUCAAAAAGCUAAGAAUGUCUAGAAUUUAUUACUUGCGAAAUCGUAGCUCGCUCGGUGGCUUCGCGGCCCAAAAAAGAACGCUCCGCUCGCUAAGAAACUCUUGAGGUCGACUUGUAAGUAGCAAUAUGUAGCAUGUCUAUCAAAAAGCUUUAAGAAAAUGUUGUUAAAUCGGCAGCGGGCACGCGUUGAUGUUCAAAGGUCGUUUCACGUGAAUUCACAUGUAACAUAAUCCUUGACUAUGAACGUGACAAUCUGCACAGUUUUCGAUAGUAACAGCUGUUCAUAAUAACAUUGAAAUUUUUUCUUCAAAUUAGGAUGGCUCAUUAGUUAGUUUUACAAAACAAAUUGUAACUUGUGCUCUGACAGGCGUAAAGUACGGUCGGGGACGGAGCACUUCCUUAUAAGAGGCUAAUGGGGAUGUGCCGCUGGAUGGGGUUGCAUUUUCACGACUGGAUUGACAAUAGUGGGGUUGCAUUUUCAAAAGAGUUACUAGAAUAGGGUCGCACAUUUUUGGAUUUUGUGGGUAAGAGAGUUGUUCAUAUUUACGGUUAGCAAACUUACCAGGGUAUUUGUACUGUAGGUGAAAAGUAAAGUGUUCUUCAUUCAAUUUAUUAAAAAGUGGGGCAAUUCAUUUUUUUGAUGACCUAUUUAAAGGAUUGAUAAGGUAGAUACAUAAAUAGAAAGUGACUAAGUUGGGAUCGCGAAAAUUACAUAUUUGCCCAAAAGUGACUAAUAUGGGGUCUACAAUUGGCCACAGAAUAGACUAUAAUGGGGUAAGGGCUCUGAGAGGCCAGCGGCAAAUACCUGGCAAAAAUCAACCCAAGUAACCCCCCGGGGCGCGCCGCGGUUUCAUUGAAAUCAUAACAGUUUUCCUGGAAAGCUCCACGGAAUCUCAGUCAAUCUUAAUAAGAGAAUUUCCUUUUCAAAGUAAAUCAAACUGAUUAGUAGAAAGAAAAGAGCCCUUAUUUUUGACCCCAAAUUUUUUUUUUUAUAAAAAAUACAUAAAUAGACCAGAAUCUUACUUUCCAUUUAAAAAACAUGAAAUAUUCGGUAGCGUUGCCCGUGUUUCUCAUAUGGCGCGAAAACUUACUUUCAUAUGACAACAUGCGGGUAUUUUUUUUCGCACGUUCAGGAGGUCAAAGGGAUGUGAUUUUUCAUGAAAAAAAAUAUUCACAAAAUUCUGCUUGUUUGUUAAGAAAAUAAUUUGUUUAAUUUUUAAUAAUUAGCUAACAGCUCACAGAUUUAUUAAUUUGGGCGACCAAGUUGGAGGCCCGAGCACCCGAGCUAAAAUGCUUGGGGAGCCCAAAGGGCUCCCUGAAAUUUUCCCUAGAGUACAGCCUUGCAGCCCUGUAGUUAUUGGAAGUAUAUACCUCCUAUUAGCCGAGUUUUCGGUCCGUACUGUAAAUUACAGACCGGGUUUUUUCCAUCGAUUUAUGGCCCAAGCGUGAAGGUCCGUAAUUUACAGUACGGACCGAAAAAACGAGGCUAAUAAGAUGUUUAUUAUAUGGCUUCUUCCUGUUUGGGGGACCGGAAACAAGUGCAGGACGCACGAUUUGACAGUCAUUUGACAGGCGUCAAAAAAGAAAGUUUUUAUUGGCGCACGAAAACAAUAGCACAUAACAAAGGCUUUCCGCCAUGUUGAAAAAGUUUAUUCGGUCAAAAAUAAGAGCACUGUAAGUUUUAGCUCUUUAAUGUAACACUGGAGUAUUUUGGAAACCGGACACUGUGUCUCUCUAGAAGUCGUUUCCAUCUUUCCUCCGUUUGCCCUUGUAAAGAAAACACUGCAAAAGGCAAAGAAGCUUUUUAAGGUAAGUUUGUUGUCAUCAUCGAAGGAUUCGCUCGUUAAUUGUUUUUGGGAAAACCUCUCUUUCUACCAGUUCAUUCUCGUCUUCAAUUGAGAUCUGCGUUAAAAUUUUCAAACACUGACUAAAAUUCUCUUCCUCGGUAAGGUUACGAUUCAGUUUCUACAUCAGCUUCGUUCUCAUUACAACAAAGCUAGGUUAAAAUUUGGAAAGGCAAAGUCAACAUCCCAGUCCUCAAGGUUUACAGACAUAUUUUAAAGUUUAUUCGGUCAAAACGAAGAGCAAUAUAAGUAUUCACUCCUUAGUGUGACGCUGGAGUCUUUUGAAAACUGGGCAUUAUGUCUGGCUCGAACUCGCUUCUAUCUUUCUUUCGUUGGUCUUUGAAAAAACACUGCAAAUGGCAAAGAAGCUUGUCAAGAUGAUCGGGUGCAGGUAUGUUUGUUAUCAUAUUUGUCGAAGGAACUACUCAUUUCUCUUAGGCAAAACAUCUCGAAUCUCUGCCAGUCGAUUUCGUCUUCUUAACUGUGUACUGCGAUAAAUUUUCAGUCACUGACUAGAAUCCUCUUCGAUAAGAUUACGAGUUAGUUUCUUCAUCGCCUUCAUUCACCAAUAAACACAGUUUAAAAUGUUGAAGGCCAAAGUCAACAUCUAAGUCCUCAAGGUUGACAGGCGUCUUAUAACUUUAUUUAAUCCUUUUUUCCGAGGUAAAGAGAUUUAGAGCUCCGAAAUGAGCAUUUUCUUUAAAAAUUUUGGUCCGUAUAGCAAGUUACGGACCGCAAAUUGACCAAUCGCAUGGCGAAAACAGACUCAGCCAUAUAAUAAGAUACAUUACAUGCUAUUGUUGAGUGUGGAAGUGUAUUUUUUGAGGACAUUAGUAAAGGAAUGCAAAUUUUAGUGAACUACCCCAUACUCCUAACAUAUACGGUGGUAAUAUUGAUGUAAGUUUUGUUUUGAGUAGCAAAGGAACCCUUGUCUGUAACUUAUCUUCUAGUGUAUUAUUCCUUAACAGAACAUCUCCGUCUCUCCUAGACACAUUUGUCGCAUACACUACUCAACUUUCCAUUGCCAUUGAACAUACUGGUAAUUCUUUCUUACACCAACACAUCCCGCGUAAACGCCUUCGGGCAUCUUCUUGUCUAAUACUAGAACAUAUCAAACUUCUAAUCCAAGUUUAAAAAAGAAAAAUGAGAUUUUAAUUUGUACGUAUAUUUAGUCUCAAAUGUUCAGCGAAAGAGUUUUUCGGGGUCAUUUUCUUUGGAGGUCUCUUAAAAAGCGUUUCUGGGAAUACUAGGAGACUCUGUAUGGGGGUAUUUAGGACAAAAUCUAUCGAGGUCGCGGCAAAAGCUUCUUGAUGAAACGACGAUCUUAUAGAUUAUAAACGCGACGAUCACAUAAGUUUGACAAUAUUAGUCGUACGAUGACAACAAAGAAAUCUACCAAAAGGUGUGAUGCACGCUUAGAGAUGUUAUCAUAAACGUUGCUUAAUAACUAGUUAUUAAACCGAUUUUUCCGUCGUCGUUGUGGUUGCUUAAGCUCCCUAAUAACGUUACCGCGCAAAAAAUUCUUGAUAUCAGAUGAGUUCAUUGAAAAACCGGCGAUUUGAUGGAAACGCGCGACGAAAACGACGUCCAUAGGUACCCAAAGAGAGGCUCAUGGAUAUUUACGUUCAAAAUCAGCAAGGGCACCACCGUAAUCAUCACCUCUUUUACUACAUUAUUACAUGAGUAUAUUUGGUUGUUUGUGACGUUCUGCACGAACACUUGGCUAUAAGUAUUCUUCGCUAUAAUUGCGCUGGCGAUUUUUCCAAAUUUUCAAUUGAUUUCUUGGCCAUUCUUAGCUGGGUCAAUUUCAGAGGUCCGCACACAGGUCCGGACACAAGGAAAAUUUAGGGAAAACGUAACCAGUUCCCUAAUUUUAGCUUCUUCCUUUUUCCUAGAUCCCAUUUCCAAUCUUUGUCUAAAAGAUCUGAGUAAAGUAGCGACGGCAGAACUGGCAUGCAGACUUCAAGUGGAUCCUACUGCUCUGCAGCUAUUUUACCAGGCUUUUGGGCUUGAUCCUGAGAAACUGCGCCCCUAUAUGCUGGAUGAUAUAGCCGAAUUCUUUCCUGACACUCCAGUCAAGCUGUUAAAAGACGUUUUUCAGGAGUUUCAGUUGUAUGACCUCGCAGAAAUGCUGGAGAAAGUAAAAUCGCGCUCACUUCGUCCUUCUCUUCCCCUGAAAGAAAUGAAGAAGUUAUUAAACGUCAGUGGUCGUCCUUCAAAAGUUUACAAUAAAGCAGAAGUUUUGAUUGUCGAGCACUCUGACAGGAAUGCUGUUGUAGAAGCUUAUCCUGAUGUUGAGAGAAUUGGAAGUUUCUUCCAAGCUCUAAAUUCACGGAGCCAAAUAACUAAAUUAACAGUGAAGGCUGCAGGACAAACGGAGAGUGAGCUGAUAAUCUUGAAGGAUAGAAAGGCAAGGGAAGACCACCGUGACUUGAUCGCAAAGGCAAAGGAAGCUGCAUUCAAAGAGCAUCUGGAAGGUAAAACGGGUGUCAGUCACUUCAACGUAAUUGAUCUUUUUGAAUUUGAGGAACUACAUGAACUUAAUACUGAACUUGGAGCGUUGAGUCACGAAGAAAGACCGGCGAUAAAAAAACGUCUUGAAAAGGUAAUAGAGGAAAGAGAGCAGAGAAAAAUGGAAAUAGAGGAAAUCGUGAAGGAGAUACAACAGAAGGAGGAAGAAAUAAAAAGACAUCAUCAGGGAGAGAAAGAAGAAUUCCAAGCGGCCGUCUCAACCGUCAUGGACAAAUGGAUUCGUCAAGCGAAAGAUGAAGGUUAGUUGAUUUUGUAUUGUUGACUUACUUCUCGCGAUUAUUUGUCUUCUAGUUAGAGGGCUGCCCAGUUAUAAAUUCGGUUUUCGGUCGUCUGUGCUGAAAUACGGUCCCCCGGGGAAGGGAAGACACGCGGGUCUGGUACCAAGAAACGAUGUUCUCACAAAUGGUUUCAUACGAUUUUCCCUUGCACUGACUCUUGUACGAAUACUUUUUGUACCUUGUCUCCGCCCCUAGAAACCCAGAAGGCGUUGCGAACCUGAAGAAAGCUAUUUGCGUUGUUCGAAGCGAUUCGAUCAUAGGAGUCACUCUAUAAGUUUUGUCGUUGUUCGAGUUUAAGUCAGUUGAUGAUGUUGGCGCUGGGAAACUCGGAGAAAUGCUCACGUUGCAUACGAACCCACACGCCUUCCACGGUAGGUUCACGCUAAAAGAUGACUGUGAGCGUCAGGUUUGGAACGCCGGGGCCGUUUCGUGAACUCAAAGAGAGAAUUAUCGAUCGAUGUAGUACAUGAGCAAUUAAUAAGCACAAUAUUAUGAGCAAAGUAUUUCACCAGUUGACGACACUAUGGCUAAAGACUUGAUUGUAAGCUGUCGUACUCAGUGAGGCGAACAACUCAAUUACCGAUGAAUGUCAGGUGAAUCCUGAUGUUACGAAAUGGACGUCCAUGAGCUGCAUGAGCGAGGGACGUGACGACUUUGCGCGCCAUGUUAGAAGGCUGGCUUUUCCUUUAAAUAUUUCCUUCUAUUUAAUGCAACACAAGCCACUUUGGAGGUCUAAAUUUCGGAUACUGAGGAUAAAGAAGACACGGACAAAAAUAGGAACUUUGAGAUUUUCGCACACGACUUCAAAGCUUCACCGGGACAUCCCAUCCGGGAGCUUCACAAAGACGAACUUGAGGAAAAUAGGAGCUAUUACUGGCAAGGUUUGGUGACUGAGUAGAGCGUGGCCGUAGAGCAUACAAGUGUAGCCCAGGUCGAGGUUUUAGGGGGUUUGCUUUUGUUUGUAUCUGUAUCUUGCCAAGCUUUUAUCAUUAAAUUUGUACAUGAUCUUGUAAACACAAUUUUGUGUUUUCGCCCAUUCAGCAAGCACGACAUACUUAAUGUCAGCAUUAGCGAGUUUCAAAAAACCUGCCUUUGUAAAUUUUCAGCUUGCGUGAUGUUUCUUGUACCAUUUUAUGGAGAUGUAAACUUAAGUCACUGCAAAAUGGGAACUUAAAAAAGGGUAUAAUCCAUUUAUCUCGAAACAUAAUACACAUGACUUACACGACCUUUAUUUUCCUAAAGGUGUUUUGAAUACGAACGAACACAGUAAAUGUGAGGGGCAAAAACAGUAUUAAUAUGAAUGAACCAAAGGGUUUUACUUGAUGUAAGGGUCAAUUAUUGCGCAUUGAGAUGUAUUGCUUGAAAAGAAAGAGUUCGUGCUCAUGUGAUCAGAAGUAAACAAGGGCAUAUAGUGCGUUACGUUCAGUCUAUUUAAUAUCCAAGGACUGUGAAUAGUGUUUCCAUAUUUUUUAGCUGGCACAAAAACGUCGGAGGAGUUAUAAAGCGGCAUAGUUAUCUACCAUGAAGGAAAGUUAGUCAUGGGUGAGACAAACAGCGAACUCGAGCGAAUUUUUAACUGAUAUCGGUAUCAGGUAAAAAAUAUGUUAGCGAUCGUUUCAUAUAUUUACAUUGUUUAAAGUGGGUGCUGAUGAAAGCAACAUGCGAGCGAGGAUUUUAUUCCUUUAAGUUUGAGAAAAAUACCAAGAAGAAAAUCUUAAAGCUGAAUAUUUUUUUAUCUUGUGGAAAAAAUAGUGCGUUUUCAUCUAGACUGUAGACCGCAAAUUAGUAUCGUCUAUUUAAAGUCUGAGGGUUGCAGUCAGUGAGGCCCCUGCAUUGGGAACAAUGGGCAGUUGGCUGUCUGUUUUAGUAAACUUCUGGUUUUCUUACAAUACAAUAUUGCUCUCUAGUGUAAAUCACCCCAGUGGCGAGUAGCUGACCCUGUCGCAUUUUAUUGUUGGUUUUCACAUGACGUCACUAAAAUUCAAACUAAAAACUAUCGAUCCUACCGAGAUUUUACUUUCACGAUGCAUUAGAGCAGCUGAAAACUAAUUUUCAUACACUUUUUUUUGUCCAAAAAGGUUCUUGGUUUUGUAAUAGAGUACGCUUGAAUUUCUAAGCUUUUGCGUGACGCGGCAUUUACAUGACGGCCAAGAGAGCUGUCAUGAAGGUCAAAAAAAUGACUUAUUUCAGGAAAUUUUGUAAUCUAAACAGUUCAUGUAUUAGAAAAAGAAUUACUUUAAUGUUUUAUGAGUUUCUCUAAGAAUAAAUUCACGCUUUUGUAGCAAAAGUCGGUAACAGAUGUUUCUGUUGGUUUUCGUCCGCCGUGUUGGAGCUCAUCCAGGUGAGCACCUUCAUUGCGUCUCCAUACAAAUCUCUAUAAGUUUGGGUAAAAUAUUUUUUCGGAUAUCUCGUAUACGAAAUAUUCCUCUGACCUGAAUCUUGGUGAGGGUCUUUGCAUAUGCACCCCCUUUCAUGUCCCGACUUCUGAGCUUUAUGUAUUGAACGGUUUUGAUUUUUAUUUCGAUCUGUUUUGAGUGGCGUGACACUGAAAACCAGCAAUACUCGUAGAACAAAAAUAAUUUUGGGAAUUUCCGGUUACGUCAAAUUAGUCACGUUAUACUGUCACGCUAUAUUUUGGGGGACAGAGGUAUUGGGGGUGGGGUGCGUGAAAAUAAUGCAAUUCGUUUCCUGCUUAAAAUUAAUGGCUAACUUGUUUAUGUUUAUUCAUAAUGGUGGAAUUUAAAAGUUAUUAUACAGCCCCCACUUAAAAAUGGUACUCAUUUUUUUUGUUACGAAAGUCUUUCAAAAGGUACAAUGUUCUGAAUGAGUUUAUGUUUCAGUCUCACACGAGAUUCUGUUUCACGCAAUGGUCGGCGACAAGGUUUUGUGGUAGCCUGAGUGUGUAUAGCCGUUCCCUCCCCUCAAAAAAAAUAGCUCCUUGGCAGCCCAGUUAAACUCGCCUUUCGGCGAUUAUUGUCUAGACGUCUAUUCUUUGAUGGUUAUUUGUAGCAAAGAAAUAGUAGAGGUUUCAUUCGUUUGCAUUUUGAAACAUACCUUUCAACACGGUUUACGGUCAUCUCGCUACCAACGAAAUCGUCUCCAAAAGGUCUACUCGCCGCCACAUAACUACUCUACAAUAAUUGACACUGUUUACUUACCUAGGAUUGUUACUUCUUCUCAGUGAAGCUCAAUUACAAGUUUUUCGAUUGCAACUGACACCUUGCAUCGAACCUCUCAUGUUUAGUUUUAUUUUUUGUGAAUAAUUGCGACUUUUUAAUACGUUUACUUGCUUAUUUGAGGUGCCAUUUGUUUAAAAUCGAACAGCCGACCUUUCUUAUAAAGAAGGGUAAUAUUGUCCCUUGACCCUUACCUCCUGAGGGAAUUUUCUUUUAGAGAAUUGCCCUUUCGAUAAGUAUUAAGAUAUAUAUUUCUUGGUGGUGGUUUCGUUGGUAGCAAGAUCGUUUAGUGGCGACGUGACUGGAUAACUUCAACAUACCCACCCUUCCCCACUGUUUGUCAUAUUUAUUGCAACAUUUACACUUUACCCGUGGUCGCGGGAUUACAAACUGAGCAAGGUAUUAGCAGGCCACUCAAAAAGAGAUCAAAGUUUAUCGCCCUUAAUUUCUGUAGCUUGUUCCUUCGCUACAUCUCUACUGUCUGAGAGCCUGGUGCAGGGUAAAUUUCUCAGGUCAAGAAAGCAAUAAAUCAUUUUAGACCCAGUUCAAACGUCGAACGCUUCAUGUACCGAACCCAAUCCCAUCUCUAUAUAUCAAAAUUCAUACUACCCUCGAGGCUUGGGGGAAUAAAAGAAAAGAAAUGUAUAAUUUAUUGCUGAGCCUCAGAUGAUUUCUUUUGUUUUAUGCAUGGUUCAGUUGAGUGUAGGUUUUUGUCGAGGGUCGAGGGUCGAGGGUAGAAUGUCGAGGGUCGACGGUAUAUUGUCAAGGGUCGAGGGUAAAGUUUCGAGGGUCGAGUGUAGUUUUCUUAUCGUUUUUUUGAGCUUUGGUCGCAAGAUUUCCCGAUUUUUCGGACGAGUAAAAAACAUUCCUUGCGAAUUCUAUAACAAUUUUCAUGUCGGUACCCCAUGUUGCUCAUACAAAGCCCUUGAAUAGAACGCAAGAUUUGACCGAGUCACGCGGGAGAUUAGCCUCCCUCGCAGGCGUUUUUAGGGGACCUCGUCUUUCCUCCCUCGUGGGGAGGGAUGAAAGACGAGCUCCCCUAAAAACGCCUGCGUGGGAGGGUAGCGGGAGAUGUACUGUCACAAUACCUGUUUUUAAUAGCAGUGUAAAGCGCUUCUGACUGAAUACUGUACUGAAUGCCGAAGCGAGACUUACUGAUCAGUGAAGCCUAAACUCAGCUUGGUGCGGCACGAGUCUUCUAUGAGAUACGAGUGGUUGCAAAUUCAUUGGUUUUAUUAUAUUUUUAUACGUUUUCAAGCAUGCUACGUCACUUGUCACCAGAAUACACACGGUAUGCAGAGCAUACGAAGCAUUCUACAUAAACGAACCUCCUAGCCCUACACAACUACUAGAGCAGGCGCUAAGGCUAAUUCUUCACGAAAACUCAUUCCAGUUUAAUGGAAAAAACUACCUUCAAACACAUGGUACAGCCAUGGGCACGAAAAUGGCAGUCGCCUUUUCUAAUACACCUAUUUCGAGAAAGGUUGUCGGAAAAAGUGCACACAACAAUCCCGAAAGGUAUUGUGGGUGGUUUUGAGUGCACUGUUCUUCCAAGAAAUUUGAAAGAAUGGCGCGGGGGGGACCACCCAGACAUAUGUUUGCGCGUGCUAAAGGAAAGCAACCAAAGUAGGUUCGACAGCUACAGUCGUUAGGAACAGUCAAUUAAGAGAUCAUAAUAGGACAGAGAGGGAGUCUAAGGGCGAUAAAAAAACGUUACGGCUCAGUAAUUGUAAGUCACAGGCGAGUUUGACUUUAUUCCUUAGACACCAUGAAUUAACCAAUGAGAACGCUUCUCAUUUUCUAAUUAACCAAUCGAAAACGAAGACAUUGAUCGACCUUAAAGUAACUAGAAAACCUAAACCAACUAAAGAUAGCACACGAUCUUAUGUUAAUGAGAUUCCUGCCUAUUUUAUUCAUGAGAUAAAGACAAUAGGCUAUGAAGCCAUCAACAUUAAUGUAUUCCGCAAGUUAAUGAGAUUCCACCGCAAAAAAGGGGUUAAUUCGGUGCGUCCUAUUCUACUUUUUUCUCACCGGCUACUGAAAAGCCGUGAAUGGAAAAAAAAAAUCCAUGAAGGAAACCAAAAACACCGGCGAUAGCUAUUACUUUUUAAGACUCUAGUAAACCGCUUGUCUUGUAACAUCGAAAAAAUAUUUGCCCGGCUUCGAAGGGUGACACAGGAAUUCGAUAGUAGAAAAUCGGACGAAGGAAAGCUCAUGAUUCAUUUUUUUUCUUUUUAGACAGGGAAACAACCCUUUUUGUUGUACUUCACGUGAAGAAUUUCACAUGCUGGAGCGAUGGAGUAAUAGAAUUUGCAACAACGACACGAGAAUUUGUGAAUGAAAAAUUGGCACUCAUUCCAACCGCGAAGCUUAUCAUAGCAGAUCUCCUCAAAGGAGGUACAAUCAGUAUUCCCCAGGAAACCCUUGCAGUACGUCUUUCUUGGAGGAAAGAGGUAGACUUAGCUAUAAUACAAGAGCUUUUGAACAAACGCUGGAUGACAUUAGACCUCCUUUCCGUCUUGAAGGAAGCACAAAGGACUUUACCCAUCAAGAUGUUUUCUGAGAGAGAAUUUUGUGAUCCUAGGUAUAAUUAUAGUGAUACAUUUGCUAUACGUGAAAAUUUGUCUUAUCUUCCAAGACUUCAAAAGGAUGAACAAAAGCCAGAAUCAAACGAUUUAUAAAUGAGACUGAGACAAUGUUCAUACUAUACUGGCAUGGAUAUCUUUGCCUGCCGACGGUGACUACGAUGACAACGCGUUGGGUGGUGAACGCAAACAUUUUAUAGACGCUCAUGCAAUUGGAUAAUUCCAAACAUUGCUCACGAGCAAUCAGUAGACUAUUUGAGGGUAGGAAGACCCAUGUUUUGUCAUGUAGUAUUGAUUACUCUCAUCCCCUGAGUCCAUAUUCGUGUCACCACGCAACGCCUAGUCAUCGAGUUUCCUGAGCGCACGUCAUGUUGCCCAGAACCGAAAGCGUUCAAAACAUUUCCUCACAAAAAACACAUCGCAGUACCCAUGACGAGGGAAGAGAUAAGAGACGUACCUGGCCUUAAGGGUUUGGCACUUUUAUGGCUAAUUGGUGCGCGGUUGUUUGAUGCGGGAGAGAUUUGUGAGUUGAAGUUGCACACAGCAACCUGCCUUGCUUCGCAUUAUGUACGAAAACGACAUCGAACAAACAACGAGCCCCAAAACCGUAUAAUCAAUGUCUGUGUAAAGAAGAUGAAAAAGUCCCUCAGCAGCAACGGCAGUCAUGGGCAGCCGGUAGUAAGUUGUUACUGAAUGAGACCAAGACCAAGCAGAUGGUUAUUACCACCAAGCAGAUGUCUGGAGUGCAUCAUCUUGAACUGGAACUAAUCGUUCACACACAUCGAACAUCAUGUCGGAGCAGUUGGUCGAGAGGGUUUGUGACGUAAAUUCCAGUCUCACUCCUGAAUAUUUACUUCCAUCUCAGUGGAUUCCAGUCCUUGCUGUUUAUUCACUUCCGCUUCGAAUCAAAUACCUGUUUACACUGUACCAACGUGUGGCACAGAAACUAUCUGAUAUGUGAUGCCCUAGUUUAGAGAUCACCGCGGCGCAGCUUCCCUCCGUUACAGAAUCGCGCCGAAAUCAAAUUUCUUAUGUGUGAACAUACGUACAUACAUGAGCCUCCGGCUCGGAUGAUCGGGGCAACCCCAUCCCACGUGUAGACAUAAAUUGUUUGAUUGUUGAUUGAUUGAUUGACUGAGUGAACAGAAGCCCUACCCGGUAUGAUUUUCAUGCAAGCGCAAGAGCUAUCCUCGACAGUGUGAACAUAGCCGGAAACACCUACCAGUUUCAUCACCAUAGAAAGUUAGCAUAUUAAACCGUGUUGCAGGACCAAUAUUUGUAGUGAAGUGUGGGUUCAAGCUACGUUGCAACAUGUCGACAGUCUGAUUUUGAAAAGAAUAUCUUUAGGACCAAUGUGGAAAAUAGCCCGCAGGAAUACACUCACCUUGUCCUAUUUCAGUACAAACGCAGAGUUGCUUGUAAACGCAGUCUGCUAAAUAAGGUCCAGUUUUAUCUUCCGCGCGUGCCUAAGUCGGUUCAAUUACUCUUCACCAUGUUCACGUAGAUUUCACUGGAUCAAGGCCUAACUUUUCUCAACUAUUUCAAGUUAUAUACUCGACACAAAAGAAAAAUACUUGAAAGUUUCCAUAUUCCUUGAGAAUUUUGACACCUACUAAGAACUAAUUAGAAAGCAUGUUAUCUAUAGCAUUAAAUUUUAUUUAGGACUACAUGCAAUCUUUGUUAUUGCCAAUAGCAACUUUUUCUUUUUUAUGUGGUAUUUUUUUAUACAGCAAACCAAUUGCCUUCUUGGGAAUCACCAUUCGCUAAAACUAAACGGAAGUUUUAAUUCCGAGACAUACGUGAACCUCGUAAGUGUGAGCAUAACAAUGACAUCUACCUAUAAAUAUUUUAUGUAUUAAGAAUUCGUGUUUAACUUUUAAUAAUAAAUAAAUUUAAGAACUAUUCAAGUUUCAACUUUGUUCUUCUAUUUGCAGUUUAUUUCGCAUAAAUAGUGAAGAGCGAACUCGGAACAGAUCGUUUGUGGUGAUAAUUAUUUGUUUUAAAAAAUCUGAAUCUUGAGUUUAAGACAAAAUUAAGGCGUUGAACACCAGCAAGUGUUAAAACCUUAAAAAGAUGUCUCCUUCCCGUACAAGAAAAGGUCGAGAUUUACCAAGUGCUAAGCGGUCGAAAAGGUAUCCAGACCCACAAGCACGGGAAAAAUGAAAUGCGCGGGAAAAUGCACGUGAUUCUAGCUUGACCUUUUAACAUCAAACACGAGAAAGAGUGUUUUAAAAGUAGGUUGAGUUUGAUCGUACAGGUGAACGUAGUCCUGAAUAGGACUGUUGUUGCUGACAGUAACUGACGUUUCGACAACCUGUGCGGUAGUCAUCUUCAGAGUCAAGGGUGAGGGUGGGUGGACGGACGGACGGACGGACGGACGGACAGACAGACAGACAGACAGACAGAGACAGAUAGAUAGAUAGAUACAUAGAUACAUAGAUACAUAGACAGAUAGAUAGACAGGGAUCGAUCGAUCAUUGAAGGACGAUUUCUCGUUAAAUGGUUCAUUUACUUGGCUACGACGAAUCGCUCUCUCGAACUUCGAGCUUCACGACGAGUCAAGAUCCGCUGUAAUAUUUUUCAAAAAGUUCAUAUGUUGCAAACCUAGUGAGAGCAAAUCCUUGUCGUUUUUACAUUGUGGUAUUUCAGAGUGAGAAAACUCCAUAAAUUUAUUUCAUGUUGGCACAAAAACCCGAGAAAAGGUGUACACUAGGUGCGAGCUAACAAACAUAGCUGACUGUAGACUGAUUAGGUGGCACACCCAUACAUGUAAGUGCAUUGUAACUUAGUGUUUUCUUUAGGUAGAGCUAGCAAACAUAGCUGACUGUAAAUUAAGUGGCACACCCAUAAGUGCAGUGUAACCCAGUGUUUUCCUAAGGUUGAGGUAACAAACAUGGACUGUACUUAAGGUGGCACAUCUACGAGUGCAGUGCCGCCCAAUUUUUUGAAUAGGUAGAGCUAACAAACAUAGGCUAAAAUCUAGGUGGCACACCCAUGAGUGCAGUGUAACCCAAUGUUUUCUUUAGGUAGAGCUAACAAGCAUAGGCUGUAAUUUCGCUGACACACCCAUGAGUGCAGUAUAACCCAAUGUUUUCUUUAGGUAGAGCUAACAAACAUAGACUGUACUAUAGGUGGCACACCCAUGAGUGCAGUGUAACUCAAUGUUUUGAAUAGGUAGAGCUAACAAACAUAGGCUGUAAUUUCGCUGACACACCCAUGAGUGCACUAUAACACAAUGGUUUCUCUAGGUAGAGCUAACAAGCAUAGGCUAUACUAUAGGUGCCACAUCCAUGAGUGCAGUGUAACUCAAUGUUCUGAAUAACAAAUAUACCGUUAGGCUGUAAUUCAGGUGGCAGACCCAUGAGUUCAGUAUAACCCAAUGUUUUGUUUAUAGGUAAAGCUAACAAACAUAGGCUGUAAUUUAAUUGGCACACCUAUGAGUGUAGUGUAACCCAACGUUUUGUUUAGGUACAGCUUCAACGUAGACUGUACAUCUGAUGGUAACAUGUUUGUGGUAAAACGUUAUGAUAAUGUGCUACAGUGUGUCACCUCGACUGUUUUCUUUAUCGCUAGUUAUAUUGUUUCAAAGUGUAAUUUAAAGCCAGAGAAAGAAGUAUUAAAAAAAUUGUCUAAACUAAUUUAGGUGGCACACUCAUGAGUGCAGUGUAACCCAAUAGUUUCUUAAGGAAGAGCUAACAAACAUAGGCUUUAGUUUAGGUGAUACAGCCAUGAGCACAGUGUAAGCCAGUAAUUUAGGUGGCACACCCAUGCAGGUGUGCAGUGUCACUCAGUGUUUUCUUUAUGUAGAGUUAACAAACAUAGGUUAUAAUUUAGGGGGCACACCCACAUGAGUGCAGUGUAGAGCUAACAAGCAUACAUGUAGGCUAGUGUAUUAUAAGUGGCACACCCAUGAGUGCAGUGUAACUUAAUGUUUUGAAUACGUACAGCUAACAAACAUAAGUUGUAAUUCAGGUGGCACUGCACCCAUGAGUGCAGUGUAACCCAAUGUUUUGUUUAUAGGUACAGCUUUGCUAUAGACCGUACAUCAGAUGGCAACACGUCUGUGAUAAGACUUUGUGAUAAAGUGCUAGAAUGUGUCACCUCGACUAUUUUCUUUAUCGCUAGAUCUAUUGUUUCACUGUGAAAUUUAUAGCCAGAGAAAGUAGUAUUGUCUAAAACUAAUUUAUGUGGGACUCCCAUGAUUGCAGUUUAACCAAAUAUAUUCUUUAGGUAGAGCUAACAAACACACAGGUUGUACUUUAGGUGGCACAUCCAUGAGUACAGUGUAACCUGUUUUUUUUUUUUUUUUUUGAGUAGAGCUAACAAUCAUAGGCUGUACUUUAAGCAGUACACCCAUGAGUGCAGUGUAAUUCAAUAUUGUGAAGUUUUACAGUCGUUAUCCUAAAAGUAGUAGCCAACUGCUAAUACAGCUGCCUCUCAUCACUCCCUACCAAUAGGGAAGUUUUGCGAGAUAGACUGCCAAAGAAAAUGAUUAGAGGCAGGUGUAUUCAAAGGCUAUGAAAGUUAAGCAACAUAAAAAAGCUGCUGCAAUUGAAAGUCAUGAGGGAUCUUUGCUUUCGUGACUUAACCGUAUCUCUAAAAAUUUUUUUACCGAAGAGCAAUUUCAAAGGUAAGGGCAAAAACCCGUUAAAGCAGAAAUCUGACCAUAAAGGGACCAAACCUUGAUAACAGGCCCCCUGCGUUACAGUGAUCGUGUGAUCAACUUUCACUAUUAAACACGAAAACGGUUCACUUUUGAAAAAUUUUGUUAGCACAAGCUGGAAGAGCAUAUUAAAGUUAGGUAACCUGAGGAUUUUCAGCCAUACAUGUAUUUCUCAAAAGUAGUGAUUGCAAUGGCCACCGAAAGUUGGAGGCAUUUGUAUGACAAAAACAACUCUUUCCACCCAGUCACACUUGCAUGGUUUUCCAUACAAAUCUUAGUAAAUUUCGAAAUUUUCAAAACUCUUAUGAAAUAUUUCUUUAAAGCAUUACAGGGCUAUAAUCUUUCAAUUCAUAACAGGCAAUUUGAGCCCUUAAAAGUAUGAGGGAGAGAUUUAAUGACAGUCUAAAAAUUUUACAAUUUGUGAGGAUUUGUACGGAAAAACAACCAAACGUGACUUGGUGGCAAGAGUUGUAGUUUUUUCAUACAAACGUUUCUAAUUUUCGGCAGCUGUUGCCAUGAUCACUACUUUUGAAACAUAUGGCUGAAAAUUUACAGGUUACCUAAAUUUAAUAUGCUCAUCUCUCUUCACCCAGGUGCAUAAAUGGGUACCAGUGACAUACUGCUGGGGGGAGGGGGGGCGAAUCCUGCGAUGGACUAGCAACCCGUCCAGGGGGAGUAGAAAUACUCCUAGGUGCUUCAUGCCAAUGAAAUGGGAAUAAGCUCCGGUCAUUUGGGUCUUUGGCUCGUGUGUACCUUUACCUUUUACCUUUUACUUUUAGCGCGUACUACUAGAAUUGUUCAAAAGCGAAUUGUUUUCAUGUUUACCGAAAGUUGAUCACAUGAUCAACUCAUCCAAAGGGCUUAACAGUUCAAUUUAUCCUACAGAUGUUAACCUGCGAUCAGGGUUUUUUUUUUUUUUCGGGGAAAGGGGAAAAAAAAAACGCCUGAUACAUUUACUUAAUGGGUCGUCUGCUGCCCCUAAUUAAGGUGUCUGUCAAUAUUUGUGUUUUUGUGUCAGACUUUACCUAAAAUUCUAGACUGUUCACAGUCCCCUAUUUUUUCGUGAGAUCAUUUAGAUAUACCGCGUCUUACCGUCACGGGUAUCUUGAUUUUCAAAUGUACCCAGGGGGCGGGCGUCAGGGAUUAUAGCUCUGGGGGGGAGGGGGAGGGGCGAGAAAAAUAGAGGGACUGUAAUAACAUCACUGCAGCUUGCGUUCACGGAGCACAUUAUACCAGCAACGCAGGCGUUUGAUUGGUCAUUAGACAAUAGAUGUUAAUUUGCAUUGACAACGGGUUUAAUCUAAGUUGCCGACAUUGACAAGUCGUUGACAAGUCGACGUUUUCAUAAAACGUACGCUUUCAUACCAUAAGGCACAUCUUGCGCAAACGCACGAAGGAUUUUUGGUAUUUUGAUUAGGAAAAUGUUUUCUUGUGCAUGUUUGCCAAUUUUAUUUCGAGGAGUGGCACAGAACCAUUAUAAAAUCACUGUUUCGCAAGGAGAUAUUUGUAAACACGCGUAAUCUAUGCUAAAUGUGUCUGGCAUGUUUUUCAUCACCAGCGGAGUUUCUUAAUAAAUGAAUGGUAAAAGGCGUGAAAUUCCUGUCACGCCUCCUGAACGCGAGCUGCAGUGAUGUUAUUACAGUCCCUCUAUUUUUCUCGCUUCCUCCCAAACUGCCCCUGCCCCCUAAGUAGUUUUGACACUCAUGCAAAAUGGCAGCCCGUAACACAAAGCACUCGAUCUCGAUGAUCUUACGGAAAAAUAGAGGACUGUGAACAGUCUAUUAAAAUUCAGGCAGUUUGCAACAAAGGCGGCUAUUAUCUAAAUGUAUUUAUCUUAACUUUACGGUCAAGCGGUGAAUGUUAAGUUGAUGCAUUUCUUUGAAGACCUACUAGCUUUAAAACCUAAGCUUGCUGUUAAUAGAAUUCCUUAAUCAUCUUGUGGUUUCUGUCAUGAAGACGAAGGUGACAAAACCUAUCUAAUAGCCCCAGAGGUCAGAUAUGUUGCUUGACCAAUCGGUGCAGGGCUUCAAAGGAUCUUCUGUUUUUCGACCAGUCAGAGAAAAGUCCACAUUCUGGACUGCAGGCCGAGAAAGUGUAAAUUAAUUGUAUCAGGUGUCCUUUUCCCUUUUUCUCCCAAACGAGAAGGGAAAAGGACUGCCUGAUCGCAAGUUAUAAAGAUGGCUGUAGUCUUUGUCUGCCAUAGCCAAUAGGUUACUGUCGCUUAAUGAAGUGAAUAAAACUAGGGUGACCCACUACUGUGAUCUGUGUUCUCUCUGUACUUUAGGUCAAUACUGGGAUCAAUUCUAUUGAGUUUACUCUUCAAUGUGCCCAUUUUACAGUUACAGGUGGAAACUAGGCUGGAGUUGACCUUGUUUUGAUACAGUCCUGCCUGAUUUAUUAUGUAAAUCAUGUUGCUCUUAUGCUAAGUAGUAUUUUUAUAAGCAAAAUUUACAUUAGAAAAGGAAAUAGGUUUGUACCAAAACGAGGUCAACCUCAGCCUCACCUACACUUAGAGGCUAGGACACCAAGAAUGGCCUACAGUGCAUUUGAAUUUCCCGCGACAAGCAUAAUAAACAACACUGCCAAGUAUUAUAAAACUACCCGCUAAAUGUUUCAGAAACUAAAAUGACAACUCUUUACAACCCAACCAAAAUUUAACAUUUUGGACAAUAUGUUAAUCUUACCUGUGAGAAGCCUCGUAUAGUUUAAGUUUCAGGGGUCAUCUUUUGUCGAGGACGGAGGAUUGAACAAUUCCCAACUACCUCAGCGACAAAGUCCGCCCUUAAAAAACACAGAAGAAGUAAAUAAGUAUUACGAAGACAGAAGCGACAAAAUAUAACAUUAUUCUUACAUAUUUCCUCAUAAAAUGGUAAAAAAUGUAGCAAUUUCUCAUCAAUGCAAAUCCGGUCAGUGUAAAACGCAGACUGCGGACUGCAGACUGCAGACUGCGGACCAGGGGUAAAAUGCAGACUGCAGACUAAGAGGAAAACGCAGGUUGGGGUAAAAUGCAGACCGAGCAUAAACUGUAGUUGUGGAAGGGUUUAAGGGAAAAAAAAUCCCGCAAAUACAUGUAAACGAACACUUAAAUUGAUGACAUGUGCUUUCACGAAUCCAUUCCUCUCUUUUCUGGAACGUCGUCGACGACCCGAAAACAUAAUCGCAAUCUUGAACCUUUUUUCCAUCCGAGAGACUUCACGCUUCAACUUUUGAUGUGAAGUUUUCGAUAUACGUGACCAGGGACCGUGAAUUGGUACAACACCACGAUGUUUACGCUUAAAUGAAAGCUGCUGACCCAGGAAGGAAGAAUUAUGGCGAUAAAAAAGGGAGUAAGUCAUUCCAACAACAAAAAAAGAUGUUCUGCAGGAAAUUUGGAUGACCUUCUAUGAAAGUAUUGCAAAUCAAGGUACGCAGACUUAAGCUGUUUGGAUGUUCAUUGAAACUUCUGGCGAAUGUGCAAUUCACUUCGACUAGGAAGCGAAGUGUGUAACUGAUACCGGCUAGCUAUUCCACCGAUUUGAAGAAGAAGGAGCACAAAUGUUUUAAAAAGUCUACAGUCUUUAUUCUGCAUUUUACCCCAGCCUGCGUUUUACUCUUAGUCUGCAGUCUGCAUUUUACACUCAGUCUGCACUUUACCCCUGGUCCGCAGUCUGCAGUCUGCAGUCCGCAGUCUGCGUUUUACACUGACCGAAUGCAAAUCAUGGCGUUCACGCCGCUUCCGUUCUCGUUUCCAGAGGCUCACGGCAACUUAGCCUGAAUUUCAUCCGAUUACUUCGAGUCGUUAGUACUCCCUCAGUAAUGUCUGAAUCGACCGGCCGUUAAUGCCGUCCAGUGACGUCACUACUCCUUGACCUUUGCUUUAAUUCAUGCAAAAAGUAAAACACGAUUUUCAAGUGGAAAACCUAGAAAUUUCGUUUGGAAAUGUCUGCAUGAUACAGAAUUGCUUUAUUUUUUUUUCGAUCGUAAUUCAUAUUUAACGUUCAAACUAUCAACUGCAUGCAGUACAACUCUGAACCGGUUGUACUGAAUUCUAUAAUCUGAAUCAAACUCGGUCGCAAUCACGCAAGGAAAUAAACACACACACGGAACACUUAGUUCAAAAACACAAUGAUUUGCUUUAAUUGAAAAGAAGCUAUUUGGUCCUUAACGAAGAAAAAAACAAGAAAACAAGAAAGAAAAGCUAACAGAAUCAUUACACUUGACGGUAAAAAUAGCAAGAAGGUCAAAUUAUAUUAUUGAACUCAGAAAACUUCGCGUAAACAAAAUCACCGGCCGUCGAAACCACAAAGCGGCUCCAAAUGAAACCUACCGACUCUCCGCAAUGAUCCUUAAUUCGCAGCUCAAUUUAGCAUUUCAAUUUCGAAGACAAGGGCAAUUUUGCUGUUUAAGAUGAAGAUUAAGCUUAUCGAAAUGUUUGAACUACACGAAAGAAUGCCACGGAUGCGAUCCGCUGAAUAUCAAGCGACAAUCCCGCUAAAAUUUUUCAUAAUUAUACAUAAUUAUGCGAAUGUUUAGACAAUCAACCAAUCAAAAUCAAUACCCGGUUUUCGGGUAGUGAGUGACGUCACUGGACGGCAUUAACGGCCGGUCGAUUCAGACGUUGUUGAGAGGAGAAAACGACUCGAAGCAAUCGGAUGAAUUUCAGGCUAACGGCAACUAGGGUUUCCGGGGAAAACUUUUGCGGCCAGCAAUGCGUGCAAGAUUGGCGUCCCUCGAUCUUCUCAUAUCCUUCUAACAAAAUUAGGUUAGAUACGAUAAAAAGGUUAUAAAAGUACUUUCUGUUACCUUUUUUCUUACUCCCGCCAUCUUUUUUAUUGUAUUUGUUAAACAAUUACCACAUGCACUCUUAUGACACCAGAAAAGCUACUGUACCGAUCUCGCGGAAGUACUUUUCGACGGAAUUUAGUCCACAAGGGAAUUCUUGUGCCGUUUUCUUUUGUGCGUGAACAUUAUCGAAAAUAUGACCAAUCGACACUCAUUAAAGCUUUCGAAAAUCAGCAAAAGAUCUUGCAUGCCGAGGACUAUCCAAAAUCAUAUGUGGCACAGCGUUUUAAGAGUUUCAACAGUUCGUCUAGGAGGUGAGGGUAAAUACGUUUUCGAAUUGCAGAUUUUUGCAAUAAAUUUAUCGGAUUUGCGAAUUUGAAAAAAAAAAAAACUGCGAAUCGCAAAUCAGCUGAAAAUUUUAGCCCGAUUUUCAGACUGUAUCUAUCCAGAAGUUUCGUUCAGUAGUUGAAUCGUCAAUUUUUGGUCGGCUUUUGUCAGCCUGUUGGUGUUUUGUUGACCAGAUUUUUCUGUUUCCUUUAUUUCUAGGAGUCGGACUAUAACCAAUUUCUGUUAGAGUUUUUAUUUGAUUUGAGAGACCAUUUCUUGAAACAAAAUUUCCUCAAUAACAUCUAUAAACACAUCCGCUGAACCACACUAGAUUUACCAAUUGAUCCAGGUACUCAUUAAAUUAAGAAUAAAGAUAAUACUUCUACUGCUAGCACUACUAAUAUGAUGAUGAUGAUGAUAAUGAUGAUGAUAGUGAUAGUGAUAAUAAUAACAAUAAAUAAUAAAUUUUCGAGGGGUUAG